CCGCCAUGCCGCCCACCACCCAUGCGUGGACGCUGGUCGUGGCAGCAGUGAUCGGCGUGGGCGUGACACCCGUGAGAGGAGGCGUGGCGCACGACCUACGUUACUCUAGGGCGCAGCUGCAUCUCGCGGACGGAGGGAACCAGGCAUGGGUCGAGUCGACUAGAGAUGGCACAGACGGGAUAGAGUACCCAAGAUGGCCAAGCCCCUCGACGGACGAGACCCCUGGGGGGCAGCCCUCCUUCCGACGCCACGUGUACCGCACCCACGUCGUGGUCGGCGACGGAGACUCCGCCGUGCAGGAAGCAGAGCGGCGCCAUUACUCUGCCGGAGGAACUCGCUACCAGACCUCACACCAGUGGCAGUUUUCGUCGGACGACACACAACGACCGGAAAUCACAGGCAGCUCCUCAUCGAGUGACCACACAAGUGCUUUCACGCGAAUGGGGGGGCGAACGAAUGUGAGGAUGCAGUCUGACGAUGGAGGAUCCUCUGACCAGGAGGGAAUCCCAAGAGACAGACCGAGGUUUCGAAGGCCUCAUCCAGGAAGGAAUCGAACUCGGCUGAGGAUAAGCGGGCGGCGGAGGAGACCUGGCCUGUCGCUGGGUGGACAUGGCGAGGCUGACCACGAAGAUACCGAGGACAUUCAUGUAGAGUCUGAAACACAUCAAGAAGGCGAGGCUGAUUUACACACGACACACCGGCAGAGUUUUAGCUCGAGUGAUCUCCCAUAUGUUGAUCCAGAAGGUCAAACUGAUGAGGAAAUCCACAGAGGAACAAUAGACAGGACUAUAAUUAGAACUUCAGUGCAUCACGGAAGCAGCUCCUCCCUCCAUACAGAUGUAGAUGAAACACGGAGAGAACAUUCCACAGGCGGGGGAUCAGAAUACCAUGUAGAGUAUUCCAGAACGGCAUCACCGUAUGAGGUCGAUGGCACUGCUUACCAAGAGCCAGGAGCCAGUGCUUCUAAUCAGGGUGAUGCAGGAGGCACUUAUGAAGAUGAAGAGGAUUAUGAAGAAGAGGAAGAUUAUGAUGACUAUGAAGACGAGGACGAUUACGAAGAAGAAAAUUACGUAGACGAGGAGAAAAAUUAUGCAGAUCAUGAAGAGGAGCGGCAGCAUCAAAGCGAAGGGCAUGAGGAAAAAUACAUAUAUACCGCUGAUCACAAUGCAGAAGGAUAUUCUCAUUCUGAAAACCAACACGAGGACGUUACUCUUCACACUAGCGUUGAUGAAAGCCAAGAUGAGACAGAGCAUUCUGUUACCAGAGACCACGCAGGUCCCAGAGGACGCCCAGGUUUCAGAGGCCGUCCUGGUUUCAGAGGGCGUGCCGGGGCGAGGAACCAAACAGGGAUAAGAGGUCAGGCUGGGGGCAGAGGUCAAGCUGGUGGCAGAGGUCAAGCCGGUGGCAGAGGUCCUCCUGGUGGCAGAGGUCCUCCUGGUGGCAGAGGCCCGCCUGGUGACAGAGAUCAAGGCGGUGGCAGGGGUCGUUUCGGUGGCAGAUUCCGUCCUGGGGCCUUUAACCGUACUGGUUCGGCUGGUGGCAGGGGUCCAGGUGGUGACAGAGGCCGUUUCGGUGGCAGAUUCCGCCCUGGAGGAAGAGGUCGUCCUGGCGGCGUUAACCGAACUGUUGUCAUAGACCGUACAGGUGGUAGACGCCGUUUUGGUGGCAUAGGUCGAGCCGGCUUUAGAAACCACACAAGGGGACAAGGCGGGGCAGGUGAUCAUUCCAUGGCCGGAGAAGGCGAAGAGGAUUAUGACACACGAACUGACACUGAAGAGGACUAUGCCACGAGAGACCAAUUCGAUACAAGGGAUGAAGAAACAGAAGCUAAAAUUAGGGAUCCAUAUGACACAAGGGAUCCAUAUGAAACAAGCGAUGCAUAUGACACAACAGAAUCAUAUGACGCAGGAGGAGAACAUGACACCAGGGAUCCAUAUGACACUAGGCCAGAACAUGAAACAAGAGAUCCAUAUGACACUCGAGAUGAACAUGAAACAAGGGAUCCGCAUGGCGAAGGGGAUCCAUAUGGCACCAGAGACCCCUAUGACACAAGAGAUCAAUAUGACACACGAGAGGAACAUGAAACAAGAGAUCCUUAUGCCACCAGAGAUCCCUAUGACACAAGGGAUCCUUAUGAUACUCGGGAUGAACAUGGAACACGAGAUCCAUCCGUCACAAGAGAUCCUUAUGACACAACGGAUCCAUAUGACACUGAAGAUGAAGAAACAAGAGAUCCAUAUGAUUCGAGAGAUCCUUAUGACACAAGGGAUCCGUAUGACACUAGAGAGGAAGAAAGGAGGGAUCCUUAUGACACCAGGGAUCCAUAUGACACCAGAGAUCCCUAUGACACAAAGGAUCCUUAUGACACUAGAGAGGAAGAGAGGAGGGAUCCACAUGACACCAGAGAUCCCUAUGACACAAAGGAUCCUUAUGAUACUAGAGAGGAAGAGAGGAGGGAUCCAUAUGACACAAGGGAUCCAUAUGACACCAGAGAGGAAGAAAGGAAGGAUCCAUAUGACACAAGAGAUCCAUAUGACACAAAGGAUCCAUAUGACACAAGAGAUCCACAUGACACAAGAGAUCCUCAUGACACAAAGGAUCCUUAUGACAGUAGAGAGGAAGAAAGAAGAGAUCCAUAUGACACAACAGAUCCACAUGACACUGGAGAGGAAGAAACAAGAGAUCCAUAUGACACUCGAGAUGGACAUGAAACAAGGGAUCCUUAUGGCACUACAGAUCCGUAUGACACCAGAGACCCCUACGACAGAAGGGAUCCAUAUGACACCAGGGAUGAAAAUGAAACAAGGGAUCCAUAUGACACUAGAGAUCCAUACGUCACAAGCGAUCCUUAUGACACUAGAACAGAGCAUGAAACAAGUGAUCCACAUGACACUAGAGACCCCUAUGGCACAAGGGAUCCAUAUGACACCAGAAGUGAACAUGAAACGAGGGACCCCUAUGCCACAAGAGAUCCAUACGACACAAGUGACCCACACGACACGACGGAUCCAUACGACACAAGUGACCCAUAUGACACCGAUGACGAGCCCGAAGCUAGGGAAGAAACAGCCCAUGACACCGAAGGCACGACCCACGACACAACCGAAGCGCCUGAUUCCCGCGGCCAAGCUGGUGCCAGAGACCGCGGCAGGGUUGGCGGUCGCGCUGACGGCAUGGGCUGGGGUCGCCGCCCACUUGCUCCGGGGGCGGGCGGCGAAGGAGAGAACAGGAAAACUCUGCCUCUGCUUCCCCCUCGCUGCUGUGGGAGUCAGGUGCCCCUUGACCCCAGCAACGCCUUAGCCACGGGUGGAUUCACCAGGGUGUCUGCGGCCGGCUCGGUACAGGUGAUCGACAUCCCCGGCAAGGACACGGACGCCUUCCCCCCCGCGGCCGUGAGGGACCUGCGGGUUACGUCCGUCUCAGGAGACCGGAUCACGCUCGCUUGGACGGCGCCAGGAGAUGACCUGGAUGCUGGGAAAGUCUCGGGGUACAUCAUGCGCCUCAGUGACAACCGACGAGAUCUCAACGAGAGGAUGUUCGACUACGCCCCCAACGUCACGCUCAUGGAUGUCACUGACGUCCUGAAGGAAGCCAACGUUUUCCAAGACGCCGGGAAGGUGGUCAGCGUCCAACUCGCGAUCCAGAGCAGCGUCGAUAGACGUUCCAGAAGAAGCAACCAAUACUUCGUGGCCUUGAGAGCUGUUGAUGACUACGGGAAUAAGAGCCCCGUGUCCAACGUGGCGAGGUUCCGGCUGCCUUCCCGGCGGGGUCCAGGGCGGCCGCAGCACCCCGUCCUCGCCACCCGGACCGAGGACCCUUCGGCGUCCGGGCAGCCGCGAGUUCCUUGGGGGCCGAGAGGCAGAGGUCGGGUCGGGAUGGUGAGGACCACGACUCCAGAACCCGAGGAGGAGCCCACUAGCGCCCCGACGUAUGGUGCGGAGGAGGAAGAUCCGUGGGAAGCUGAGACGCCGACGGACCCCUGGCAAACUCAGCCCACUUACCCCGUAGAACCCACUGAACCCACUGAACCCACUUACCCUACAUACCCUACAGAACCCACCGAACCCGGUUACCCUUACCCAGUAGAACCCACCGAGCCCACCGAACCCGCCUAUCCCUACCCUAUGGAGCCCACCGAACCCACUUACCCUUACCCUACGGAACCCACCGAACCCACUUACCCCACAGAACCCACGGAGCCUUUUGACACCACAGAACCCACAGAGCCCGGACUGGAAGCCGAAACAACGAAGGCUCCGGACCAGGAGGAAUCCGACCGCAAAAACCAGGAUCCGGAGGGCACUGACUCGCCGGACAGUGUUUCCAACGAGACGUAUACCUACAAGGCGGAGGGCUGCGAUAUGGACGUCACAGCGCCACCUGUUAUCAGUCUGUGUGACGCCCGCACCUCCGUCGCCAAAGUCAUCGCCUACUUCGAGCAAAUCGACAAUUUCACCCACAUGGAGGAGUUAUGGCAAGUCGUCGGCACGCUCGAGUACCUUGCCAAAAUGGGCGAGAUGGGCCAGGAUUACGCAGACGUGAAGUCGCCAUAAGCAAAUCACUGUGUACUGUACAGAAUGAGACUCUACGUUGUAUGAAGAGUUUAUUUACUGUAUAUUUCAUUUCUUUCUAGUGAUAAGGUUUGGGUUGUCUUUCCUCAUCGCGAAAGCUCGUUUUUUUUAUACUAAAGCUAGAUUUGUUUACAUUUCAUUACAUUACAUUUAGAUUUUCAUACGCUAUUUUUUUUCUUAAAUUACAGUUCGAUGUUCUCCUUAUAUCGCAGCUAUGUUUGAUUUUGUAUCAUAUUACAGCUACACUUGUUUAUUUUUCUUCAGUUACAGCUAUAUUUCUUUGAUUUUUAUCUCUGUCUAUAUAGCAAACGGUGUUCGAUAUGAUAUAGACGGGAGAGAAGUAAGCAUAAUAUAUACAGUAUCUGUCCUGAGUUGACAUCAACUUAUAAAGUCAAAAUAUACGGAGGUUUUAUAGUUAUCAUUAUGUUUAGUGACAUUUCAUCGACUUAAACGGCGAAUCGCAAUUGCAAAGGUCACUCAU